GCGGCGAGCGCUACGAGCCGCUGCAGCCCGCGCUGCCGGCGGCGGGCGAGCAGGACUGCUGCGGGGAGCGCGUGGUCAUCAACAUCUCCGGGCUGCGUUUCGAGACGCAGCUCAAGACCCUGUGCCAGUUCCCCGAGACGCUGCUGGGCGACCCCAAGCGGCGCAUGCGGUACUUCGACCCGCUCCGUAACGAGUACUUCUUCGACCGCAACCGGCCCAGCUUCGACGCCAUCCUCUACUACUACCAGUCCGGGGGCCGCAUCCGCCGGCCGGUCAACGUGCCCAUCGACAUCUUCUCGGAGGAGAUCCGCUUCUACCAGCUGGGCGAGGAGGCCAUGGAGAAGUUCCGCGAGGACGAGGGCUUCCUGCGCGAGGAGGAGCGGCCCCUGCCCCGCCGCGACUUCCAGCGCCAGGUGUGGCUGCUGUUUGAGUACCCCGAGAGCUCAGGGCCCGCGCGGGGCAUCGCCAUCGUGUCCGUGCUGGUCAUCCUCAUCUCCAUCGUCAUCUUCUGCCUGGAGACGCUGCCCGAGUUCCGCGACGAGAAGGACUACCCUGCCUCACCGUCGCAGGACGCCUUCGAGGUGGCCAGCAACAGCAGCACGUCGAGGCCCCCCAGCGCAGCCUCCAGCUUCUCCGACCCCUUCUUCGUGGUGGAGACCCUGUGCAUCAUAUGGUUCUCCUUCGAGCUGCUGGUGCGUUUCUUCGCUUGUCCCAGCAAAGCCACCUUCUCACGAAAUAUCAUGAACCUGAUAGACAUUGUGGCCAUUAUCCCUUACUUUAUCACUCUGGGCACCGAGCUGGCUGAGCGGCAGGGCAAUGGACAGCAGGCGAUGUCGCUGGCCAUCCUAAGGGUCAUCCGCCUGGUGAGGGUCUUCCGCAUCUUCAAGCUCUCCCGCCACUCCAAGGGGCUGCAGAUCCUGGGGCAGACGCUGAAGGCUUCCAUGCGGGAGCUGGGGCUGCUUAUCUUCUUCCUCUUCAUUGGAGUCAUCCUCUUUUCCAGCGCAGUCUACUUCGCCGAGGCAGACGACCCCACUUCGGGUUUUAGCAGCAUCCCGGAUGCCUUUUGGUGGGCAGUGGUAACCAUGACAACAGUUGGUUACGGUGAUAUGCACCCAGUGACCAUUGGGGGCAAGAUUGUGGGCUCUCUUUGUGCCAUCGCGGGUGUCUUGACCAUUGCGUUGCCAGUCCCUGUGAUUGUUUCCAACUUCAAUUACUUCUACCACCGGGAGACCGAAGGGGAAGAGCAAGCCCAGUACAUGCACGUGGGAAGCUGCCAGCACCUCUCCUCCUCAGCAGAGGAGCUCCGCAAAGCACGGAGUAACUCGACUCUGAGUAAGUCGGAGUAUAUGGUGAUCGAAGAGGGGGGCAUGAAUCACAGCGCUUUCCCCCAGACCCCUUUCAAAACGGGCAACUCCACUGCCACCUGCACCACGAACAAUAAUCCCAAUACCUGUGUCAACAUCAAAAAAAUAUUCACCGAUGUGUAAUAUGUAAUACAAGUGACAUCCCGUGCACAGUACUGUGUGAAAUGUGUCCCCUGGUCUGUGUGUGUCCUUAUUUUCUACAUCUCCAGACCACUCCUCGAGGACAGGAUGGGAAGAAGCGGGGAGCACACUUCAUUCCCCCUCUGCCUAGUGCUUCAUACUGAAACAGGUGCCUGCGUGGCAAAUGGGCUGCAUUCUCUCAGCUCUCCUUUGAUUUUUUUUUCCCCGUCUUAAUUUUGUGAACAAAAAAAACUUACAUUAAACUUGAUUUCUAGCACACGCCCUAUUUUUAAAAAAAAAAAAGUACAUCCUGGGAGGAAAUGAAACUAAAGAACAGUUAGACUUCAGAAUAACUGUUUAACCUCAAGAUUAAAAGGUUGUUGUUCUUUACUAAGUAAAGCGAGUGAAUACUUACAUGAUUCUUUAAUUUAGUGGACACUAACAUUAUUUUAUUGUGUUCAAUUGCUUAUUCUUGGUAUGUGGAUGAAAAGUCAACUAAAGCAAUGACAUAAACCCACCCUAGAUUUAUGUGCUUUUGACUGGAGUUUCUGUUUCAAUCCUCCCCUUCCUGAAUCUUAAGGGUCUCAGUAGCUUUGAACAAAGGGAAAUGCCCACAACAUCCUGAUCUGA